AUGGCGUCGGACCUGGCGACGCGGCGGCUGCUGCGCGAGUUCGCGGCCAUGCGCAAGGCGCCGCCGGACAACAUCGUCGCGCGGCCGCUCGAGAGCAACGUGCUCGAGUGGCACUACGUCAUCACGGGGACGAAGGACUCGGUCUACGAGGGGGGCCACUACCACGGCAAGCUCAAGUUCCCGACGGAGUACCCGCUGCGGCCGCCGAGCGUGCUCAUGUGCACGCCGAGCGGGCGGUUCAAGACGAACUGCCGGCUCUGCCUGAGCAUGUCCGACUUCCACCCCGAGUCCUGGAACCCCAUGUGGUCCGUGUCGACGAUUUUGACGGGGCUCUACAGCUUCAUGCUCGAGAGCUCGCCGACGCUCGGCUCCGUCGAGGCGACGCCGGCGCAGCGGCGCCGCUUCGCGGCGCAGAGCCUCGAGUUCAACUGCGCGAACGAGACGUUCCGCGGCCUCUUUCCGGACCUCGUCAGC